AUGCCUUCUAAAUCUCUCACUUUCUUACAACAAAGCACAACAAAUGGGCAGGGGUGUUUUUAUGAGCGCAGUCCUGCGUGGCGCUCUCAGCCCACUGUACUAGUACCUGUAGAACUCAAACAUGCUGCUGGUAAAGAGCACUCUCCAGAUGCUGGCACAUUCAAGCAAGGCUCCAGACCCUCAGCAAGUUUGUUAAGAAGUAGCAAGUCUUGCACUUCAGGGGAGUCAAUUUCAAGCCUAGAGCCAAAACUUCGCCUCCUGUUAAAGUCGAAGUCGCCGAAGCCACUAGCUUUGGGCCCAAAAGAUGAUUUCUGCCAGCAUAUUAUCGCCACCAUUUGGAAGGGCGGCAAGGGUCCCGAACAUGAGGGCGAAGAUGACAAAGAUGACAAAGACAAACAUAAUCUCGGAAUUCCUGAUAUGCUCGUUCAAUGCGAGACACAAGAUGCUGAGUUCCAUCCCCUAUGGCCCUUCGAGAUAUCCUUCUCGCAAUCUUCUGAGGCAGCAGAAGCAAAGAUCCAACUCUUUGCGGACAAGAACCCUCACGUCGAGGGUGGCACCCAUUUCCACAUUGCUGAGGCACAAACGCACAUGUUGCCAAGCGAUGAGUGGGUGAUGGAACAGGAGUUGAAUAAAAAGAAGGUUGGGCACAUCAAACAGGUAACCAUUACCAUGUGGCUCCGCCCCCCGAACGGACGGUUGAGGACUACUAACCGCAAAGCACAAUAUUAUGCCAGCAUGGUUCUCUUCCCGCAACAAGACACUGCUGGACUUCAAAACAUCCAGCAUUUAUUCAGGUGUACCCUUCAAAGAGUUUGUGACUCAAUGGUAUGGCAUCUGGAGGGGGAGCAUCCUCCGCACCGCAAUGACCCCCAUGUUGCCUUAAUCAAACCCCUCAAGCAAUGGACUGUUCCAGACACUGUGGUUUGGGAUGCAUGUGUUGAUGGCUUGGAGACAGCUGUGAAGCAAACGGCAUUCAGGAGGUAUCAUAAGUGGCAUGAAAAUUUUCUCAAGUGCACCAUCGAUGAGGUCGAGGAUGCUGAGGAUGCCCGGGCUGCAAACUCCAACAAGCAAGGGAGACGCCACUAG